AUGAACCUGUCUUUGCCAAAGCUCUUCGUUUCAAUUUCAGGCCUUAACCGAAGAGUGAAGAAGAUUUUUAGCCUUGAUAGUUGGUUCGAUUUAGCAGAUAGCUCGAGGCUGACCGAGACUAAAUCGAGCUUGAAACCAACCAAGCAUGCUUCCAUGAACAAACCUCUCUUUUCGGAAAUGAAAAACGGUAAUAAGCUCAUGGAACAAUAUCCUCCGAUAUCACUGUGGUUGAAAGCAUAUCCCGAAAGCCUGCUGCUUAGCAAGCCCAAAACCGAACUCUUAAUCCCAUCGUUAGCCUGCCAGCUCACCAUCUGGUCUCCUUCCCAGAACAAGCUUGCCCAUUUGGGGCUGUUUCGAAAUCCAGCCCUCAUGAAGAAAACCAAGGGCUCUUGUUGUUUGCUAGUUCUCCACUCAUCAGCAAAUUCUCGAAGCUCACCUGAAUAAAGACAUGCAUCCAAAGGCAAACCUUCACCAAAAUCAGCCAUCCAACCCUUAACUCCAUCAUCCACCAUUUCUUGCAGAAUUUGCUUGAACCAAUUUCCCGUUUUUGGAUGUGUUAAAUCCAACAUUCCCACAUCGAAAGCCGUGUUGGGAACCAUCCAAAAUGCAGAUAUUGGGGUAUUCAUGGCUUGAAGCUUAUUCAAGAUACUUCGUACUUUGUCCGUGCCGCCUUGCAUUCCAACCACAGCCCCUGAUAUUAUCCACUCAGGAAGCUGUUGAGGUCUACCUAUGGCUUCAGUGAAAUGCUCAAUAAGCUCGGCAGGUGAUUUUCCAAAUAGUAUUCUACCUUCAAUCAUGUCUCCAUAUACCUGCAAGCAAUUUUAAGCAUGCUUUAAAAUUAGAAAAGCAAUUUUUUUUUUUUUUUUGGGG